CGGACCGACAACAACGACGUCGUCGUCGUCGUUGUUGCGUAUCUUUUCAUAUGAAUCGGUAUCGGUAUCGCUUGCCAGGCAUUCGACAGCACGACAAGAAGACAACACAACAACGACUCCGAGUCGCAAUAACGCAUAACGAAACGCAACCGUAGAAACGCGCAGCUAAUCCCGGCCAGAGCCAGAUAUCGGACUGAUGCGGCUGUUAUCGAUGCAGAUACAGAUACAGAUACCGAUACAGAUACAAUAUCUGGCCGCUACGUGCUCGCGCUUUCGAUUCAACGCAAUAUAACACGCUGCCAAAAAAAAAAGAAAUAAAACAAAUACAAAUACAAAUACAAAAAAGUUCGUGUUGUGCUCCACUUGCAGCCCAUUGUUGCCACACGGCGCUGUCAACGUAACUCACAAUUGAAUUGUUCCUUUGUCUUCAGUGUCGUUUGUUGUGCGUCCCACUCGCAACCUCCAGUCUCUUCCUCCGUUCCUCCCCCCCUCUUCUCCACUUUCGUUGUCGAUGCCAUUUCCGAUUUGGCAUCUUCAAAGUCGCGUAAUUGGCAUACGCCUUUGAGGUCACGGCCAAGCUUCGUCGCUUGCGUUUCGUUUGUAGUUAACCGCCCAGCGAUCGCAGCUCCCAAGACGAUCCCAACCAGACCGACAGUCGUCAGUUGUCAGCAGUUUGUGAGAGUUGUCCUGCUUCCACCUCCCCCCACCCACUUGUAUAUCCAUAAUGUUGGUCCCGCCGGACAUGUUGGCCGCCCAGACGCGCAUCAUUUACCAGAUGAAUCGCUUUUGUGCCGAACGCGUCCAGGCGCGCAUCUUCAAAACGGCGACGGCCAUUCGCGAGAUCUGCAAGAUCGUUCAGGACAUACUCAAGGAGGUCGAGCUGCAGGAGCCGCGCUUCAUCUCCAGCCUCGUCGAGUGCAAUGGCAGGUUCGAGGGCGUGGAGGUAAUCUCACCGAAUGAGUUCGAGAUUGUGCUCUACCUCAAUCAGAUGGGCGUCUUCAAUUUCGUCGAUGACGGCACUCUGCCCGGCUGUGCGGUGCUCAAGCUGAGCGACGGACGCAAGCGAUCCAUGUCAUUGUGGGUGGAGUUCAUCACGGCCUCCGGUUAUCUGUCGUCGCGCAAGAUACGCGCACGCUUCCAGACGCUGGUGGCUCAGGCGUGCGAUAAGAGCAUCUAUCGGGAUAUGGUGAAGAUGAUUGGCGACACCAGCGAGGUGAAGUUGCGGAUACGCGAACGCUUUGUGGUCCAAAUAACGCCGGCAUUCAAAUGCUCGGGCAUCUGGCCGCGAUCGGCGGCCCAUUGGCCGAUGCCGCACAUCCCGUGGCCGCAUCCGAAUAUCGUGGCCGAGGUCAAGACGGAGGGCUUUGAUCUGCUGUCAAAGGAGAGCAUCGUUAUGCAGAACAAGAACAACAACAAUGCGGCCAGCAUGGAGGGCGAUGCUUGGGUGCUCAGUUUCUUUGAGGCCGAGAAUCGUCUGUUGCAAGGUGGCUGCCGUCGUCGGUGCCUGAGCAUACUGAAGACGCUGCGUGAUCGGCACUUGGAGCUGCCCGGCAAUCCGAUCACCGCCUAUCACCUGAAGAAUCUGUUGCUCUACGAGUGCGAGAAGCAUCCGCGUGACUUUGAGUGGGACGAGAGUUGCAUUGCGGAUCGUUUGAAUGGCAUCUUUCUGCAGUUAAUCUCGUGCCUGCAAUAUCGACGCUGUCCCCACUAUUUUCUGCCCAGUCUCGACAUGUUCAAGGGCAAAUCGCCCAGCGCCUUGGAGCAGGCGGCCAAGCAAGUCUGGCGUUUGACUCGUGAGAUGCUCACGAAUGCGAAUGCCUUUGAGAAAUUGUAAAUGCCGUGGCCAGAGAGAGAGAGAGAGAGUGAGAGAGCGCAAAAACAAACAAAUAAAGCAGCAGAGAGAACGUUAGCAAAAGAGAGUGCCAUGUGUGUGUGUGUGUGAGAGAGAGCGUGUGUAAGUGUUUUUUGUUUGUAUGAGUCAAGGUGCUAAAUUUUCAUUGUCACUGCGCGGCGGCGUCGAUUGCGUUGAUCUGAUAAAGCAACUCUGCCUUCAGUGGCUGCCAUUUGUGUGCCAUGAGUAAGUUAGUAAGUGUGUGCGAGUGUGCGUGUGUGUGUGUGUGUGCAUAGCAACAACAAUAGCGAACAGCGAAACCCGAAGUGUUAAUGCAAAGAUGCGAGAUAAGCCGCACAUUGCCAUUGCCCACUCCUCAAAUCCAGCAGAAAAUCUCGCAAAAACAAAACUUCUACUGCUGUUGUUGCUGUUGUUGUUGUUGUUGCUUCGGGCUCCUCUUUGCGCUGCCAUUCCCUUGUGCAUGCCUCGCUGCUUAUCCAGCGAAUAUUGUUUUUAAUAACUCUCCGCUUUCGACAUGUGCUCACUCUCUCUCCUUCUCCCUUUCGCUCUGCCUGUGCUUUAUGGCAAAACAAUGGCAACAGCAACAACA